ACGUCCCUACGCUUGUGUGCCGAUCGCGUUUCCCGUUAACAACGAUUAGGGAUAUAAAAAUAAAAAUAAAAUAUAAAAAUAAUAAUAACAACGGUAAUGCAAUAAUCGCAAAACUAAAAAGACGAAUUACGACGACGGUGGCUUUAAAACGGAGUGCGUAAGGUUUUCAGUUAUCUCGUUUAUUUUUCCGUUGAUUAUGCGCUCAUUGCGAUUGUCCGACCGCUGUUUGUCGCGCGUACGUUGAACAGUGCAGUUUUCUGUGCGUGUCGAUGGGAUCAGGCCCCGAGAGCCAUGAAGCCGUACGACAAAUCAAACUCUUUUAUGAGAAGGGUCACGAAACGCGUGUCCGAAUACAUACCCGGAAUGACGUGGAUGAAUACGCUGAUCAACGAUGCGCAGACCGAUGAUGACCCUACGUCAAUGACCGAAAACGACGAUCAACCCCCAGUGAAGAAACUGUGUACAUCUAAUAACUCAUUUACAAACACCAAAUACCCGCCUACUAAUUCAACUGACAACCACAGGGGUUCAAAUGUGAAUGUACUUUUACCAGAAAUAUCAGCCGUUACUUGUAUACCAAGUACAAGUAAACAAAGUCCAAAAUUUAUAAGCCAAUUAAGUUCUUCCUUACAAACCCAUGAUGUUGGUAACAGAAGUUCUCUUAAAAGAAAAUCUGAUGUGGUAGAUUUGUCAAAUAUUAACAGACCAAGUUCAAAAACAGCUUUCAAUUUUGCUUCAUCAACACCUACAAUAGUUACAGCAAAUAAGCAACCAGCUACAAUAAAUUUAAAAAGAUCAUUAAAUUUAAGUAAAUCAUCAACUAGUAAUGAAUUUUUAACUCCAACUUCAUCUAAGCUGAUUAAGUCAAGGGAAAAUGAAUCACAUCAACAAUCUUCAUUAAAAUUUCAUGAAACAUCGGCAAACCACAUACCCUCAGCAUCAUUUAGAUGGGAUACAUUUGUCAAUUAUGGAGAAUUGUCAGAGCGUCAAAAAUUAUUUGCCCAAAAGUCACCUUUAAAUUGUUCUCAAGUUAUGUAUGGGGGCAGUUCUGCUCGUUCAAGCUUAUCAAAAAUUUUAGGUAAUACUCCACCAAUUCAUAGAAAAGCAGUGAUACCAAUAUCUUCUACCAAUAAUAGUGAAAUUAGAACAACCUCGUCUAUUCUCUUGGAACAUAUUUCUACUAAGAACAAAGAAAUUGAAGAAAAUAAAUUUAUUAUUCAACCUAAAGUGCACCAAAGGCAUAAAGCAGUUCAAAAAACCGUACCUAUUAAAAUAGAAUCUACAGUCAAAAUUGUUGAAACAACACCUGAGAAAGUUGAUUGCAAAUCCAGUGAAAUCUCAUCUAAUUAUUCUGGCCGAGUUGAUUCAAAUACUACAAGAAAACUUCGAGUGAAUCUUUCAAAAAAGGGCCGUGUUCUUAAGUCUGAUGAACUUGAAAUGCCCGCUGAAGUCAAUUUGCCUAAGGUUUCUCUAGCAAUGACUUCAUUGCCAAGUAUCAAUUUAUCAAAUACUAAUGCUGAGGAUAAUGAAUUCACAUUCAAUCAACCAUUAACCAUAGAACAGUUUAGUUCACAAUUUGCAGAGAAAACAUGUAGAAAAAAACAAAAAAUGACUUUAAAGAAAGCACAAAAUACUAAUAUAGAGGUAAAUACUAAAGAUCAACCUAGCACCAAAAGUCCAAGUACAAAUAUUAAUAUUUCUACAAGUGAAACCUUUGUAAAAGAAUCUACUAAAUUAUCAGCUACGAAUAAUGAUACUUCAAUUGAAAAUUCAAAUAAAAAUGAAAAGGUGCCAGAACUUGAUAGGUUUGUUGAUGAUAAUUCUAAAAGUACUUCAAAAAUAUCAUUGCCGUGCUCUGGUUCUAAAUUAGAAUCUACAAAAUCAGUGAAUAUGGAUCUUGACCGUUCACCUAAAAAGUUAGAAAGUAAUAAUACAAAUAAAUUUGUACCAGUAAAAUCUUCAACUGAACAAAAAAAGUGGUCUUGUGAUGCUUGUUGGGUUUCAAAUGAUGCUGACACAAUAAAGUGUAUAGCUUGUCAAACUCCCAAGUAUGAAAAAACACAAACACCAGUAUUAAAUAUUAUCAAAUCUGUCAAAUCAAGUACAUGGACUUGUGAAACUUGUUGGGUUCCCAAUAAAAAUGAAAUCGAAGUAUGUGUCGCAUGCCAAACACAAAAGCCUGGUACUACAAAGAAAACUGUGGUACAAAGUAAUACUUGGACUUGUGAUGGUUGUUGGGUAAAAAAUAAAAGUGAUUGUACUACUUGUAUUUCAUGCGGAACAGCAAAGCCUGGGUCUGCUUCUGAAAAUAAACCUUUGCCUUCAACUCAAUUUAAAUUUGGAUUAAAUAACAACACCUUUGAAAAUUCUGGUGCCAGUCAGUUUAAAUUUGGAUUUGAUAGUAGUAAAAAUGUUCAACCAUCUAAUCAGUUUACAUUUGGAAGCGCUGCACCAUUUGCAAGUUCUGAUAAUGCCAAAUCAGAUACUGCUAAUGAAUUUAAAUUUGGCUUAGUUAACAAUAAAGCUGAUCAACCCGUUACUACAUUCAAAUUUGGCACUGAUAGUUUAUCAAGUUUGCCAGUAAAGAAAUUAAACGAGGAUUCAAAUAUCAAUAAUAGUGAUAAUUCUGAAACUCAGUUUAAGUUUGGUGUUGAAACUAAACCAAAUCAACCUGAUAGUCAGUUUAAGUUUGGACUUAGUGCCACAACUAAUAAACCAACUGCACAAUUUAAAUUUGGUUCAGAUAAAGUUGAAAUUGAAAAGUCUGUUCAUCAAAAUCCUGUUGUUGAUAAUAAUAUAAUUAAACAAUCCCCAAAUGAAUUUAAAUCAUUAGUAAAUAAUAAAAAUGAAGAAUUAGAAAAAUCAUUAGAGUUACAAAGCCAAAGUAAUAAGCGUAAAGUUAAUGAUAUAAAUGAAAAUUGCAGUCCUAAAAUGUCUUUUGGUUCUGUUGCAACUAACAGUAGUGCUUCAAAUUCAUUAGUUAAUGUUGGUCAAAAAAAUGAAGAUCCAUCUAAAGAGAAAUUUGUAUGGGAUAACAAAGUAAAAAAAAAUGAAAUUAAGCCAAUUAUGAAUUUUGGUUCAAUUCAGCCUGUUCAAUCUGCAACUGAAAAUACAAAUCAGUUAGUAAAUGGACAUUCACAUCUUAAUGAAACUUUGAACGAAGAUCAAAAACCUGGUUUGAUUAAGACUUCUCAGUUAUUCAGUUUUGGUUCUUUAGCAAAACCAGAUCAAAAUGCGCCUGUUGACCAAAAAAGUCCUAAAAUGUUUACAUUUGGAUCAGCAACUAAUGAUAACAAAUCGUUUGGUUCACCAAUAAUGGGUAGUAGUAGUUUUCCUAGUACUGCUCCAGUUUUUGGUGCAAGUAAUUCUAUUUUUGGUAGUGGUACUACUACAUCGGCUCCAGCAACAUUGGGCUCAUCUACAUUAACACCUCAAUUUUCAUUUGGUUCAUUAGCUCCUCAGGUUCCAAGCAGUUUUUUCUCAAAGUCUUCUAAUGAAAAUGAUAAAAAACCAUUAGCUCAAACGUCAAAUUCUUUCAAUUCAUCAAAUGUUGGGUUUUCAUUUGGUGCACAAUCUCCACCUGUAUUUAGUGUUCCCAAUGCUGGAGGACCUAUAAAAAUGUCUGCAAUGGGUGAUGAUCAGACUAAAUGUUCAUCAAUCAAUAUAUUCAAUCAACCAAGCAUCAAACCAUCUGUUAAAUUAGACCCUAAUGCACCUAUAUCAAUUAAUUUUACUGGUGGAGCAACUACUCAAUUUACUGCCAAACCAGAAACAACUGAGCCACCUACUAAAAGAAAAAUUUUAAAACCUGUUAGAAGGAUUCGGUAAAACAUGGACAUACUGCUUGUGUAUUUUGUAAGUUACAUUGUUUUUAUUGUGUAACAAAAUUAAAUGUAAAAUUAAAAUUGUUCAAUGUUUGAACUGAUUCUUGUCAUUAUAUUUGUAUAAUAAUAUUCUAUGGCUAACAAUAGCUUAUUUAAAAACAGGUUGAGGUCAAUAUUUUUUUAGACAGAUAAACAAUUAUUAUUUGGAUAUAAAAUUACAUUUGACAACAUAUUUUGAUGGCGCACAGAAUUUGGAGAUAUGUUAAUAACAUAUCAAUGAAUUAGUUUUUAAUUUUAAUUUGAACUAUCUGAAUCAAACUAUAUACUAACUACAUUAAACUAUCUGUCAAAUGGUUUCUUUUUAAAUAUUAUUUUAGUAUAAAAAUAUAAAUCUAUUAUC